GUACAUGCCAGUUGCUCCACGAUGAAAGCACUCACCGGUAACUACGCGAAGGUUGUGCAUCGGAGCAAGACACACACAAGCCAGAUCUAAGGAUUUGCAGACAAUUCCCCUUCUACCAAACGAUCUGACCUCCGAAAUUUCAAGAUAGUGGCUAGUAGCUGUGUGCAACUGUUCGUGAAUCACUUGAGCAUUCUUUAUUUUGAUGGCCCCGUAGCCAAUUGGCAUGAACACCACGGGUAUGUCACGUAAGACAUUCCGAGUGAAACCUUCCAGGGUAUAGUUAUGGACCGGCAAGCUGGCAAACCAGACUGCCGACCCUCCCCUACGGGAGUUAAAGGACAUCGCGACCCAAUACACAGAUAAGCUCAAAAGGUAACUGAAGUAACGAGAAGCCUGGCCAAUUACCCACUCACGGGAACACUUGGUUGGCUUCAGCGAGGAACGAACCGCUUGUACUUCUGCAGAUCAAGAAGCUAUUUUUCUAGCUUUCCGACCAACACGAUCGCUGGCCUUCUUUUUCUGCCUCUCAGCUGUUCAGCCUCUCUUCUCCAGCGCACGAUUUCGACGUCUUAUCGGUAGGAAUGACUGAAUGAAAACGACUAAUAAACAGUUAUUCCUACACUGGCCCGGCAGCGUCUCGUCCAAUUGCCUUCAAGAGCACAGGUAGGUUGUUGUUGCCUCAGAGUCUCGUCCGAUCGUUGAAGAGCCCAUGGUCAUUUGCCUUCUUAUUCGACGAUGAUGGUUUUGAUACGUCCUCUGACCUUUGAUACCGAAUGGUAAUCAUGACAAUGACCACAACGAUUGUGGCAGGUACCUGCCAAGGGGGACUCACCAGGAAUCUGGUGGUCAGACAAAAUGCAUUAUUAGAAUAUAUAUUCAAGGCUAAAUAUAGUAAAUCCAGAAAAGAAACUUCGAGUCUGAUUGAUCACCCCGACGCAGACGAAGCAAUGUUCCGUAUGAUUGAUGAUGGUGAUGAUUAAACUUCAUUGAGGGCAGACGAAGUGAAAAAAAAAUAAAUAGAAUUUACUGAAAGGACACAGAGAAAAACACACGAAUAAAAGGACAAUAAUUGUAAUAUUAGAAUUUUGUCUGCUGGAGAUGCAAAGAACGCUCUCUACAGCAGUUUAUAGAUUCCUUCGAGUGUGAAUUAGUGUGCAUGUUCAAAAGAGAAAUAACGGCACAGAUGUCAAAAUUUGUCAAAAACGGGCAAUCGUUCACCGCCCUGUUCAUGGCCGAUCGCCCAGGGUUGCACCAUUUCACUAUAGAAUUGCAACGAUAGCAACACUCAGUUUCUGUUUUGCACUUUUGCGAAGGCCCGAAGCUAAUCGCAUCUUCAUGUUCGAGGCUGACGAUUGUCUUUAACUUACUGCUGAGGCUAAGGGCUGCUUAAAACUACGCAUGAAAAAUCGGACACAGUGCUUACAAAUUCAAAGGGGAAAUGAACUUCAGAAGGGCACGCAUUUGGGCUGGUUGGUUCACGAUUACGAGCAGGAAACGGCGCAGACGACACGACGAAGAGAAGGCUAAAAGCAACAAAACGAGAAGAAUCGCCUCUGCGAGCAAAUCCACUGACCUCAAAAGCCCCGCACCACUUCUGGCGGCCAGCUGCUGCUACGAGGAGAUACCGGAACAACCGUAGAACUGAAACUGCGACUGUCAUUGAACACUUCGCAACGGCCGUAUACCCUUACAAAAAGCCUCUUUAAGUAUUUUCUAACGACAUUUUACAGGCAAUGUGCCACCUGGUAUGCAUAAAACGUGCAGACAGUCUGCAGACUUUCUGCUGUCUUUGUCACCUGCCUGCUACCUGUUGGCGUGCAUAUUACAGCGAAGUUGUUAGCCUCUCGUUGGUCGGUGUUUUUCGUGUCCAUGUCCGUGGAACAAAUGUGGGCCGACCCCGGAGGUAGUGGAAUAAUUGGCUGACCUGCGGCGGAGGUGACGCACGCCUUUAAGCACUCGGCAAAGUGAAGCGAAAAGUGCGUACAUUCUUUAGAAUCACGCAUACAACAUAGAACAGCAUUCGUUUCAAUAAAGAGCAGGCACAAAACAAGCAUCCGAACCACAUAAUUGAUGAUACGGUGCUCCUGAGAACAAUGCGAAGCACGCAGCAAUCCGCGCAUGCGUUUACUGGUAAAGAUUACUGUUGCGCAAGCUGUCGCGGCGACGGCAGCUUCCGACGUGGGGAGUGACGUCACUAGCCUUUCGCAUAUAAAAUAACCAGCCUAGCAACUGAUUUCACUGUUGUCGCACCAACGCUCUGGGUAGGCAAUGCAUAGCUAAGGUUCCCGAGGAGCAGCGUGAAUACGAGGAGCUGCAAAAGGGAAAAGAAACGGCAAUAUGACCAGCGGCGGCGUGUUGCCAAAAUUGCCAUUAGUACCAUUAGUACCAUUAGUGCCAUUACUACCAUUACUCUAAGGCAAUAAAGCGUUGCAUGCCCGCCUCAGCAGUUGUAGUGGUGGUUAAUUGCAACACCUUCGCGCCACAUCCACUUUCGCAGGGCCGGGAUGGCGACUCAAUUUUCUUUUCUGCGUUAAAUCUGCAGAACUUCUGUAUUCACGGGAUGCAGAAAGUUCGCGGAACCUACAUUUAAUUAGAAAUAAUUAAGCGAGAAUCAGAGUAGAAAAUUGCUUGCCCUCUAGCGAUUUCCCAACAGAGAGUUGAGGUCACUCCCAUGAGUGAAAAAUUGGGAGCGAGGGCUCACAGCCGCGGGCCACAUCUUGAAGAGCAUACACCUUGAGAUGUUGCGAAUGCAACACUUUAAUGGAAGUAAAUAACCACAACACAGACAUGACAAAUGUAGAUAAUACGACGACGAGUCGAGAAACGCUAAAGGCAGAACUUCGAAUUCCAUUGAACAUCCUAUACGCACGCGAUGCACACAACAAGGAGCAACACCAAUAUUAUAUAAAUAAUAAAUUGCCACCAUUCUGCGAGUCUCGAAUAGGCCUAGUUAACAGCUGUGGUAUUUUAAAUUAUGACCCAUCAGCUCACGCAGGCAAGAUCUGUCUCUCUGAAAUUACCGCAAGGCAUAAACAAAAGCAAGAACAAAAACUGUUAAUUGAGGGUUGCAAAGAAACGAAGUCAGUGGCAUAAUUUUUCAAAAUCAGCAUGCCAUGCUUUGGGAGCCGCAGCGAUUUCAGAUAGUGGCGUCAUUCUCGGCGGAAACGUAGUGCGUCUAGUACUGCCAGCAAAAAAAAAAAAAAGAAAAAAAAGAAAAAAAAGGAAAUGAAGGUGCGCGUUUGAUCGCAAAUUUACCUUCAUAGGAAGUAGUCGCAAAAUACGAUGAAUUCAUUACACAGGGACAAGGAUAGUAGUAACCGAAGUAACCUAAAAAAAAAUGCGGAGUGAGCGUGGUGGUCACAGAUGUUGCGCUCCUAAUCGCGAGGUCGCGGGUUCAUAUCCCGGCCACGGCGGCCGCAUUUCGAUGGGAGCGAAGUGCAAAAACAUGCUUGUCCCGUGCAUUGGAGGUGCGUUAAAGGUCCCCUGGUGGUCAAAAUUAAUCUGGAGUGCCCCACUACGGCGUGCCUCAAAAAUAAAAUCGUGGUUUCGGUUUAAAUGUGCGGAGUGAUACAUUUCUUUACACCGUGCCACUUGACGGGCGCGCAAGCGUUGCCAUUCAACUGUCUCAGAGUCCCUGUGUAGGUAUACUCGUCAGAAAGCCUGCAGGAUAUAACAUAUAUAUACGGGACAACUACACAGAGUUGCACAUUGUUUGCAUACCUAACCCCGAGAAAGUCUGCCGGAUGUAACUACACAAAUUGUGCAGAAAUUCUGUAUACCCAGAGAUGAGAAAGACAGCAGGAUAUAGGCUAUACAGGGAAACUACACAAGGUGUUCAGAAUGUCUGACUGCUCAGGCCUCAGAAAGUCAACAUCAUGAGCUCUACGGGAAGGCCACACGACGUAUGCAGAAAUCGUGCCGAUUUCGUAUACAGGGAGGUCAAGUCUAUCUACAACAAGGUGGCAUGAGUGGCAAGUAGCCUACAGAAAGUCUACAAAAGGUUGCACCCGUUUUUGUUAUGGUGUGGAUCAAACGUACUAGUGGCGAGCCUCUAUGCUGCAGCUCUUGUGAUCUUAAAGCUGAAUACGACUCAGUCUCAACGAAAUAGUUGGGUUUCUUGCAUUUGCGCUGGCGUUUCUUACGAAAUAUCUGUGCAUUGCGUGCGCAGUCUGAAGUUAUAGCCUUACAAAUAAAGGGCGGCGUAAAGUACAUUUUAUGAAAAACAAACAAACAACGACCAAAAAAAACGCAAAAUAAACUGCACAAUGAUUCGAUUCAAUCCAGGCCACACCAAGAUUUUCUAAACAGCUUUAAUUCUUUAGUUUAUUGCGACACUAGCUAGAAUAAACAAAUGAAUAAAUGUUUAUGUAAGUUACAAUCCGAAAUACAAGGAGCUCUGCGCGCUGGAAGUGCUCACAUUGAGGGAGAUGUUCAUAAAGGAGCUUUUCUACGCGUCUGGGGAGAAACAUUGUCAUACGCACCGUGGAAAAAAAAAGGCUUGCACUCUGUGUGACUUGAGUACUACGUCUAGUGGUGCGUUGUGGAUUUGUGGUGAUAUCAUUGUGGUACGCUUGAAGUGUUUUUUUUUUUUUGCUUAUCACCCCUGAUAGCAGAACACGCGCUUCAGCAAUCAACCUUAUCACCUAGGGUCUACAGGCGCUGACACCAAGCUGCUACGACCGCUAUCGCGGUUUUCAAACCUAGUUUCCUUUUUUACUGUUUCAGGAAAACGCAGGCGCUGUCAUUAUCGGCUCAGUUUUAUCUCACAAUGACGGAUAGAUAAGAAAACCGACACAAACACUAAACAUGUAGCGAUAGGAAGAAAAGGCGGGACGGGGCGUCGACGGGACAAGUAGCAGAUGAUGCCAGCUAAGUUAACGUCUCUGUGGCCUAGAAUCCGCCGGUUGCAACAACAACACUGAAUGUUUCCGCUGUACUCUCUGUGUGGCCUCCUGUUUGGAGGAAAGUCCGCGGCGCGCUGUUGACGGUCAGGAGUGGAGAAAUUCGCGACCUGCGCCGAGAUUUUGGGAAUCAUCUGCGAGUUGUUGGUCCCCGGCACUGGCUGCUCAGCUUGUGCGGAAUUUUAGAGAUCGUCUAGUUUAGCGAGCAGCUGUUUGCUGGCUUCGCUUUAACGAGCGACUCUGUGACACAGCCUAAUUGAGACUAGACGAGAAGAAGAGGAAACCAGUCGAGACCUUCUUCUAGUGAACUUGGCGUUCAAGACAACUUGUCCAAACACUGCAAAGUCCCUCCCUCCGCCACUCCCUUCCCACAUCUAUUCUAUUUUCACUCGUUUAGCUUUCGCAAAGCCGGAGGAAUCCGAUGACGCCGAAAAUCUUGUGGUUCUUUGUCGCCUCGCUGGGAGCAUCCUGCCAUGUCAACGAGUCGGCCUGGGUUGGUUCGACCACGACAAAGCGCACUCUUCUGCUGGACGUGGACACGGGCGUAGACGACGCCCUGGCCAUCGGUCUCGCCUUAGGCUCUGGUGCGGACGUGGCGGCCAUUACUACGGUGGCUGGCAACACCAGAGUGGACUCUGCGCGAAACAACACGCUGCGUGUGCUCCGGGUCUUCGGCAGGACAGACAUUCCCGUCUACCGAGGAGCCGACCGACCUCUCGACGGCGACUGGAAACACGAGGAGCACUACUUCGGCCACGACGGUUUCGGUGAAGUGUCCGCGCACUACGACGUCGGGGUGAACGCCGCGGUGACCGCUGGAGACGACGGCGCGCCGGCAGCGUUGAAGAUCAUCGAGCUCGCGCGGGCGAGACCCGGACAGCUCACCCUGGUGCUGCUCGGACCACUGACUAACGCGGCCAUCGCUCUCCUGGUGGACCCGCACUUCACCAAAGGCCUGCGAGAGAUGGUCAUCUUGGGUGGCAACACACAAGGCAGAGGUAACGUUGUGCCGGGUGCGGAGUUCAAUUUCCACACUGACCCUGAAGCUGCGCACAUCGUCCUCCAGAGGGCGCAGUGUCCGGUCAUCAUCGUGCCAUGGGAAACAUCCCUUCUGUCUAUGCUUCCAUGGCCUGCCUACCAGGACGUGGUCCUCAAGAACAGCUCGAGGGCGCAGUUCCUGGCCGACGUGACGUGGCACACACGCCGGUGUUGCGGAGCGGCCGAAGAAGAAGGCUUCAACGUGGGCGACGCACUCGCCGUGCUGGCGGCGCUGUCACCGGAGUCCGUGGCCGACUCCGUCGAUCGCCGCGUCGCUGUCGAACUGUCCGGCCACCACACCCGCGGCCAGCUGGUGCAGGCCUGGUCGCCCACGAUGCUGCCGCACGUGAAGCGGGCAGUGAAGCUGGUGCGGAAGCUGGACCGACGCCUCUUGGCUCACUACGUGGCCAUGGCGUUCUCAUGAGGGUGCGUGGAGGCCAGUUUCUGCGGGUUAAAACACCCCGACCUACAACGGGCUCUUUUACACCGGCGCACUCGCGGAGAUUGCGCGAUCGAGUCCGGUCUCGAGAGGACCGUUCGUUCGCAAAUAAUGGUUAUCUUAUUUUUCUUGUCAUUAUUUUUUCGUCUGCUUCGAUCGAAGCUCGUGCCACUCUUGAAGAAGAAAACGACCGUGUUCGUUUGAGCGUCUGCAACGGACUGAUCGCGUCCAUUUUCUGUCAUCCCCAGCGCACGGCUUCAAGACACAGCUCGGUGGACACGGCCUCGACAUGAUGUCUAGCCGCGACCCGGAGUUCAAGAAGCUCCAGCUCGAGAUGAUGACCCGGUAUCCGUGCUACGUCCGUAGUGACGCGACGCGCUCACAC